AUUAUCAUUUUCAAUUUGAAGAUGGCGUUCACAAGACGUUCAACUGUGAAAUUCACACAUUUGAUCCAAGUAUCCCUUUAGCUGGACAUUUCGUUCCAAAACAUGUCGAAUUCCAUCUUAUUGGACUAUCUAACUAUGACCAUCACACCAUAUUUGGAUGGGAAAUGAAAACACUUGCUUCCAUAAGGAGAUAUCUUAACCAUUCAUUUACAACAUUGGAUAUCCUUAAACUCGAUAUUGAAGGAGAUGAAUGGAAAGCUAUUCCGCAAAUAUUAUCGACAAUUUCAAAUAAAUAUAUCAAGCAAAUAGUUCUUGAAGUUCAUUUCGGCAGACAUACUAAUAGGCUUCAGGACGAUGGUUAUAGGAGCUUCAACUUGAAUAAUUGGGGUGAUACUGAUUCAUUUACACAAAUUAAUGUUCUAAAACAGUUAAAACACCAUGGAUUUAAUAUAUUCAAAUGGGCAAUCAAUCCAAGAUCAAAACUUCGACUUCAACAUUCAAGUAAAGGCAGUGUUUUUACAAUGCAUAUUAUAUCAUUGAAAAAUAUCAAUGUACUAAAUUGAAACAAAUAACAAAAUCAAACAUUUUUUACGUAUAUAAACUUUUAGAAUGCUGUGCUUCACAUGUGUUUAUGUCUUCUUAUUUUCGUUGUUUACUUUCUUGAUUGUCUGACAAAAGAAAUAUUUAAACAAAUACAUUAACUAAAAAGCAAGGUCUUCAUACUUCAGUGUGG